AAACCAUAUUUUCUCGAAUUGAAAUGAUUUCAGAAUUAAUUAUAAAGGGGAGACGUCGGAUUAUUGAGAUUUGUGGACAAGAACCACACACGAUUGUCGUUCCUUUGACUCAAGGAUAUUUACAAUGGUGUCUACAGAAUAGCCUAACUUUACAAAUUGCUUUUGCAGAUUUCGAAGGAAAGAUAGAUAUUCAUCUUCCUGCACACAAAAUGUUUACCUUGCUACAAAAUAUACAACUAGAAGAAAAAGAAUUGUGUGCAGAGUUACCUACUGAUGGCCCUACAGUAUUUACGGAUGGCAGUGGAAAAACAGGAAAGGCAGUAGUAGUUUGGAAAGAAGGUCAGAAAAUGGGCCAAAGUGGAUUCCAACUAAAUGGACGAAACCUUAUGCUGAGAUUGAUAUGGAACACACUGACUGUAGUAAGCAGCGUGACAGUGACACCGGUGAUUGAUCCACAUUGUUUAACGCCGUGGGACAGUAAGAAUGUUUGGGUGACACUGGCUAAAGCUAUUAACCAAACCUCUUUUUGUGUGUUAUUGGCAUUACCUGAACAGCCUUUUCAUACAUGUUUGGUAGGAGUACCGUUAAAGAACAGUGCAAUGGUGCUCCAGGGUGUCAAUGGGUCCAGAUCGGCCACCCGCAAUCGGGCCUGUAAUACUACAGAGUCAUGUGAGCGCCUCUGUAGCACUACAGAACGAUGUGUAGAAAAUUGGGACAAAUGGAAGGACUUGCUGCCUAAGGCAGACCAAUGAACCCCAGGAAUUGAACAUUUUAGGAAGUCUGGGAACCCCAAAGUGUAUUUACUUUAAGCCUCCUUAUGGAACAGAAGGACAAGACGUAACUCCCGAAACGCCUUUGUUUAAAAAUGCAUCUCUUUGGUGUAACAAAACAGCCACUAAUAAGCCCCUAGGAGUUGCAGAAUCUCAAAAACUGCCUCUGGGAGUUUUUUUGAUAUGUGGAGAUAGAGCUUGGCCUGGACUCCC